AUGUCAGGACAAUGUGUCCUGGCCUCUCCAGCGACCUACAACAGGUCAAUGACUCAAGAAAAACAGCCAUCAUCGACCGCGAAGCUCACAAGGCUGAACAUUGACAUUGCUGCGCUGCAGGAAACCAGACUUGCAUCAAACGGCAGCCUCAGAGAACAGAACUACACGUUCUUUUGGCAGGGCAAGAAACCCGAGGAACCAAGAGUGCAUGGCGUUGGAUUCGCAGUGAAGAAUUCUCUGUUGUCCACUAUAGAACCACCAUCCACUGGUUCCGCCCGCAUCUUGUCUCUCCGCCUGUCAACCUUCUCAGGCCCAGUGAACAUCCUGAGCAUCUACGCUCCCACACUCUGCUCCUCAGCCGAGACCAAGGACCAGUUCUACGAGGAGCUUGACACCACCAUCAGAGACAUCCCUGCCAUGGAACAACUAUACCUGCUCGGCGACUUCAAUGCCCGAGUGGGUUCCGACCGUGACUCCUGGCCCAGCUGCAUCGGUCACUUCGGCAUCGGCAAGAUGAACGAGAAUGGACAGAGGCUUCUUGAGUUAUGCUCUUACCACGACCUAUGCAUAACCAACACGUUCUUUGCCACCAAGCCGCAUCGCCGAGUGUCCUGGCGGCAUCCCAGAUCUCGCCACUGGCACCAGCUGGAUCUCGUCAUCACUCGGAGACCAUCACUGAACUGUGUUCUCACCACACGCAGCUAUCACAGUGCUGACUGCGACACUGACCACUCCAUGGUCGGCAGUAAAAUCCGUCUCCAACCCAAACGGAUCCACCAAUCUAAGCAGGAAGGUCGUCCCCACAUUAACACCAGCAAGACGGCAAUCCCAGACCUGUGCGAGCGCUUCACCAAUUCCAUUGAGAAUGCCCUCAAAAACUGCCCUGGUGGCAACACUGAAGAGAGGUGGAGUCACAUCCGUGAUUUCAUCUACAACUCUGCAAUGGACACCUUCGGCAAGAGAGAGAGGCAGAACCCGGAUUGGUUCGAAGCCGGCAUUGCUGAACUAGAGCCAGCAAUUGAGGCCAAGAGAGCUGCCCUCAUUAACCACAAGAGGGAGCCUUCUGUGAAGUCACUCGCUGCACUCAGGAAGGCCAGGAACGACGCCCAACGGAUCGUUCGGCGCUGCGCAAAUGACUACUGGAUCAACCUUUGUGAGAGUAUCCAGCUCUCUGCUGACUGUGGCAAUAUUCGUGGCAUGUAUGAAGGCAUGAAGAAGGCCUUCGGCUCAAGCAUAAACAAGAUCGCGCCCCUGAAAUCAACUGCCAGCGAAUCAUAA